AUGAACCCAUACUCAAAAGUCCGAACCAAAGCUGACAUUAGAGAAUACUCUAUCAAAAAACACUUGUCGGAUCAUUAUAAUUAUAUCGCUCAUGGACCUCCUUCACAUACUCACGAUCCAUAUACUAUUCCAUAUAUCGCCGUGCAAUCGCAGAAUGGAGGAAUGGGUAUGGGUGGAAUGGGAAUGGGAAUGAUGAACCCUAUGAUGGGUGGUAUGGGUGGGAUGGGUAUGAUGAAUCCCAUGAUGGGAGGAAUGGGAAUGGGUGGUGGAAUGGGUAUGAUGGACCCUAUGAUGAUGGGCGGAAUGGGUAUGGGAGGUAUGGGAAUGGGUGGAAUGGGUGGAAUGGGUGGAAUGGGAAUGAUGAACCCUAUGAUGGGUGGUAUGGGAAUGAUGAACCCUAUGAUGAUGGGCGGUAUGGGUAGUUACGGCAUGUUAGGCGGUGGACUUGGCUCAGGAGCGUACGGAAUGCCAAGGUAUCCACCAGGCGGUCUCUUCGGCGAUUAUGGGAUGGGAAUGGGAGCGAUGCCAGGUGGGAUGAUGGGAGGUAUGGGAACUGGAAUGGGUGGAUAUGGUAUGGGCAUGGGUAUGCCAUGGGGCUACUGA